UUCUCAGGUGUCCAAGUAACAAAGCUCUCUCCUCCUCCUCCUCCUCUCCUCUUUUCUCAGAAAGCUGCUUUCCUAGAACUCUCUCAUCUGACUCAAUGCCUGUUCUUUUACUCCCCCACCUUGCCCUUCCUAAUGAAAUGGCCAGGAAAUAAGGCUGCACCAUGAAUGAUCAGUACCACCGGGCAGCCAGGGAUGGCUACCUCGAUCUGCUGAAGGAAGCUACCAAGAAAGAGCUCAACUCGCCUGACGAGGAUGGCAUGACCCCAACCCUAUGGGCCGCCUACCAUGGCAACUUGGAUGCGUUAAGGCUGAUAGUUAGCAGAGGGGGUGACCCAGACAAGUGUGAUAUCUGGGGGAACACGCCUCUUCAUCUGUCAGCUGCCAAUGGUCAUCUGAAUUGCCUCUCUUUCCUGGUAUCUUUUGGGGCCAACAUCUGGUGUCUGGACAAUGACUACCACACACCACUGGACAUGGCGGCCAUGAAGGGUCACAUGGAGUGUGUGCGUUACUUGGACUCCAUUGCUGCCAAGCAGAGCAGCCUUAACCCCAAGCUGGUGAGCAAAUUGAAGGACAAGGCCUUCAAGGAUGCAGAGAAACGUAUUAAGGACUGUGUAAAGAUGCAGAAAAAGCACCAUGAGAGGAUGGAGAAGCGGUACAAGAAGGAAAUGUCUGAUCACUCGGACACAAUGAGUUUUUCCAGCUACUCCAGCAGCACUUUGAGCAGGAGGUUCCAGCACAUGCCUAUGAUGACUUCCUUGCCAUAUUCUCAGGCCACCAUACAUGGCACAGCCAAGGGCAAGACCAAAAUUCAGAAAAAGCUGGAAAAGAAGAAGCAGGUGGAUGGGACUUUCAAAAUCUAUGAGGAUGGGAGGAAAAGCGUGAGGUCAUUGUCUGGCUUACAGCUGGGCAACGAUGUCAUGUUUGUGAAACAAGGCACCUAUGUUAGCCCAAAGGACUGGACUCGGCGCAACAUUAGGGACAUGUUCCUGACUGAUGAAGACACUGUCUCCCGUGCCAUUAGUGACCCAGGUUUGCACUUGGACUCGGCCCAUUCUGAGGUCAGCACUGAUUCUGGUCAUGACUCUUUAUUCAAUCGCCCUGGACUUGGCACUAUGGUUUUCCGGAGGAACUAUCUCAGUAGUGGACUGUUCGGGAUUGGUCAGGAUGACCCCAACAUGCUGGGAGAGGGAAAUAUGGAUAGGAUGGGUGUUAAACUUCACAACCGCCUGCAGCGCUCGCCAAGUCUCAACGACAGCAUCGGCAGUGCCAACAGCCUGCAGGAGAGGAAUGUGGAGGAGCUGCCGUGGGAUGAGGUGGAACUGGGCCUGGAUGAUGAUAUUGAACCUGAGACUAGCCCCUUGGAGACCUUCCUGGCUUCUUUACAUAUGUCUGAGUUCAUUUCAAUCUUCAAGAAGGAGAAGAUUGAUCUGGAAGCUCUUAUGUUGUGUUCAGACAAUGAUCUGAAAAGCAUCAGCAUUCCACUGGGGCCCAGAAAAAAAAUUCUGGAUGCUGUCAAGAGGAGAAAACAGACUUUGGAGAACCCUGAUGUCAUAGAAGACACUGAUUUGUAAGCAAUACAGCCUCCUACCUUCAUACUCAUGGAAUACACACAGGUCUUCAGAACGUGAUGAGCAAAAUGUAGAAUGGUACUUCUCAUGUACAAACAAAUUAUGUGUUUGAAGAAUAGGAGUCCCCCAGUAGAUCAGGGUGUUAGAAGAAUAUCUACACAACAUAUGACAGAAGACUGCCAGCUGAUAGAACUUGACUGAUGGACAAAAAGGAAUUUAUACAAAUGUUUCAGUAUUUGCAAGCUGGGUACACAAAAGCAGAGGUGCUCAACUAUCGUGAGAUAGCUGUUUUUAAGAAACAAACAAACAAAAACCCAAUUCUAAGUUGCCAGAAAGCAUCCUAACAGUUGGAAACCUGAACCUGAACGACGCCAUAAUAAAAGGCCCAAAUCUAACAACCUCUCCGCUUCCUUUUUCUGCUUUCCUGCCUGCAAAAGUCAGCUAGACAGCAGCCUCAUGCUAAAGAGAAUUGUUGGGAUAUGAGUCACAUAAAACUAACAAUACAAUCCUAUGCAAGUCUACUCAGAUGUAAGCCCCAUCAAGUUCAAUGGGACUUAUAGCUAAGUGUGUAUACGUUUGCAGCCUAAAUUCCCUUCUUGGAGAACUAAGGUGCAAACUCAAGGCCACGUAAUACAGAUUAUUUAGUCUUUAAUAAAUAUGUCCCAACCAUCUGGCAGAAUAGUGGGAUACAUUCUUAUUGGUGUAGGGUGGAUUAGAAUCCUGACUUAAGCCUUUGCAUACAGAAUCAGAAUUUGGUGGUUGUUCUGGAUUAAUUAACAGAGUACAAAGAUGUGACCUUGAAAUCACAGUUCCAUGAAAUCUAAGCAGGGGACAAGGGAAACAUGGAAAAGAUAGUAAGAACACAUACUAAAGGUCCAUUUAUCCAAAUGAAUUUGAGGGAGGGGAACAUUAAAAAAGAAAUUUGGAGAAUGAAAAAUUAAGAUAAAGGAGACAGUUUUACAGAAAGUACAUACGAGGCACAAAAUAAAUCUGGUGGGCACAUUUAAAUUGGGUUGUUAAAAUGCUUUUAACUGCUGUUUUAAAGAAAGCAUUUACAAUCUUAAUUUUUUAAA